ACGUGACUCCUGCCGAUCAGCUGACUGUCGGCAGUCAUGUGAUGGGAGCGGAGCCCAGCGGAGCGGUAGGGAAUUGGCUUCUCCCUUUAAAAAUGCCGUCCAAUAAGUCAGUCUCUGAUGCCCCAGUUACACAGUUCCAGAACUGUCACAUUCUAAAGGAUCACAAGCUACAGAGGGAGGACCUUUGGGUCCGUGAGGGGAAGAUCCUUAACCCGGAGAAGCUGUUCUUUGAUGAGAAAGGUUAUGCAGAUGUUCAGAUCGAUUGCAAGGGCAGCAUCAUCGCCCCGGGGUUCAUCGACACACAGAUCAACGGAGGAUACGGAACUGACUUCUCAUUGGCCACAGAUGACCUGAAAUGUGGGGUUUCCAUGGUUGCUCGGAAGCUGCUUUCCACCGGAGUGACCUCCUUCUGUCCAACACUUGUGACCUCCCCCGUCUCCAUCUACCAUCAGGUUAUUCCUCAAAUUGAGGUGCAGGAUGGUGGGCCGAGGGGAGCAGGGAUAUUGGGUCUACACCUGGAGGGGCCAUUCAUUAGCAAAGACAAGAAGGGUGCUCACCCUGAGAAAUACCUGCGGACAUUUGAGAAUCGAGGCUUCCGGGAUCUGUUCGAUACAUACGGCUCCCUGGACAAUGUCCGAAUCGUCACGUUGGCUCCCGAGCUUAACAGAAGUGAAGAGGUUAUCAGUGAACUGGCCAGUCGCGGGAUCCGGGUUUCACUGGGACAUUCUGUCGCCAAUCUGUCACAGGCUGAAGCUGCAGUGAAACAUGGAGCCACCUUCAUCACCCAUCUCUUCAACGCCAUGCUGCCUUUUCACCACCGGGAUCCAGGAAUUGUGGGUCUGCUGACCAGCAAUGAGAUUCCUGUCGGACGGUCAGUGUUCUAUGGGAUGAUCGCCGAUGGGAUUCAUACCAAUCCUGCAGCACUGAGGAUCGCUUACCGAGCACACCCCAAAGGUUUGGUGCUGGUGUCAGAUGCGAUCAUGGCCAUGGGACUUCCCUCAGGACAGCACACUCUGGGGCAGCAGGUAAUCAAGAUUGACGGGCUACAUGCCUACCUCGCAGGGACCAAGACGCUGAGUGGGAGCAUUGCUACAAUGGACAUGUGUGUGCGACACUUCUGGCAGGCGGCGGGCUGCUCAGUGGAGGCAGCACUGGAAGCUGCCACACUCCACCCUGCUCAGCUCCUGGGGAUUGAACAGGCAAAGGGAACAUUGGACUACGGCACAGAUGCAGACCUGGUGCUGCUGGACAAGGAACUGAAUGUCAAAGCCACGUACAUCGCAGGAGAGUGGGUAUGGAAACACUCUACAAUAGCAAAUGAAAAGGAGGCUGAAUAACAAAUCGACCCCAAUGUGAACCAGUGAUGUCUGAGUCAGUGAUCAUUCCUGAUGGGCUGAAUGAAUGGAAGAUAGAGUUUGGGUACACUGGGCACCGAACUCGCACUGUGCACAGUCUCUGCAGUGAAGCUAGACUCACAUUGCCACAUUCUUAAUACUCAGCCUCCAGGCAGUUUCACCACCUGUGCAUUUAUCUCAGAAGUGCUAAAUUUUCAGCAUAAAAUACCCUCCUCUGUUGACCCUUGGAUGUCUCACUUGUGUUCCAACUGGGGUUUCGGAAGGAUAUUAGUAGAGUUCCUCUGACUUUAUACUGGAUACAGCUCCAUUAAUAUACAUGAAUUAAUUCUAACUUGAAUUUAACUUGAAUGUUUUCUGUCAUGGGGGCUGAAAGGGGAAGUGAGUGCUGAGCUGGAAAAUGGAACUGCACAAUGAUUUUAUAGUUAAAAGCAAAAUACUGCGGAUGCUGGAAAUUUGAAACAACAGAAAAUGCUGAAAAAACUCAGCAGGUCGAACAGCAUCAGUGGAGAGAAAAUAAACAGAGUUAACGUUUCGAGUUCUUAUGACUCCGCUCUAAAGAAGAGUCAUACGGACUCUAAACGUUAACUCUUUUUUUUCUCUCCACAAAUGCUGUUCGACCUGCUGAGUUUUUCCAGCAUUUUAAUGCUUUUAUAGUAAUUCAACAUGACCAUACCCAACUACUGGCUUUGUAAUUCCAGUCAGGGUUUUACUUCCACUGUCCCAGCUAUCUUCAUUUAUAUUCCAUCAGUGUGUUUAUUCCAGAAUGUUCUGGUUCAGAAUCACAAUCCCUCUUCUUGUUUUGAGCGUUGCAAGGUCUGUUUCAGGCUGUGCCCUGGAAUGAAGGUGAGACGUGGCUGAGAUCAGUAUCUUUGGAGUCAGUGUUCUGUUUGUCCAUCAUGGGCAUCCUUCCAUCUAUGUAGGGUGAUGGACAUACAGCAAAUCGAAUCGAUUGAGGAUGGAGUAGCUUCAUAUGGUGCGCUUUUGCUGAUGGUUGCCCCCAGGUGUUCUAUAUGAAGUGGUUGUCAGGGUAUAAUUUUGGGGUUGGUGCUUGUUGCCUAGUUGCUGUAGCCCUUGGCGGUCAUGGUGGCACACACUGGCCCACAGACGAUGAUGCCACCUCCCUCUGUCAUUGGCUAUUGUCUCCCAGGGGGCGAAAAUUAAUGUUUAGGGCCUUCCUGCCAUGUUUGCAAGCAUCCGUUAAGUAGAGCUUUGGGCGUCCUACUGGCCUUCUGCCUCAGGCCGUAUUGCCAUACAGAAAACCCUUGGGUAUACGUCCAUCUUACAUCCUGCAAACAUGCCCAAGCCAGCACAGUCGCCCCUGCUUGAUGAAUGCCCACAGUCGGGAGAUCUGCCUUUGAGGGGAAUGCCAUGUUCGUGAGUUUUUUCCCCUCCCAUGAGAUGCCCAGAAUGUGCCGCAAGUGAUAAAGAUGAAAGUUGUUGAGCUUCCUUUCUUGAUAGCUGUGAGGCACCCAUGUUUCAUAGCCGUACAAAAAGAUGUUGAGAAUAAAUGCCUUAUAACCAGCACCUUGGUCCUAAUGUUAAUCCAUACAAGCUCCGUGAGUUGGCCAAAGAUGAUAGCUGCUUGCCCUUUGUAUGUAUCAAGUUCUGCAUCAAGAGACAGAUUGUCACCAUAGACCCAAGGUAGCAAAAUUUGCUAACCACUUCCAUUGGUUGCAAGGAUAGUAGACGGUUAUUUGUCAAAUACGAUUUCUGAUCUGUUUGGAGGCUGGUCACAAGUGCUGUACUGCAGGCAUCAAUUGGCCAGUGUCCCGCCCGGGUCAGCCAGUCAGUUUCCUGUAGGUUUUCAUGUGACUGAGGUCCUGCAAGGGUUGGAAUCCCAUAAGAGUUGGUCGAUGGUGAGAUUAUUUCUUUUUACUAAGCUCACAGCAACUGACAAGCUUCAGAAUUCAAAUAACUUGACAGUAACUGAAAUCCCAGUCUCCUCUCUGGCUGCCAGCAGAUGUCAGUCUUUGCCUGUAAUGUCACUGAAAUACUUUGCAGAAAUAAAAUCACAAAAUGCAAUAAUUUUUGCAUCAUAUCCAUCAGCAUCAACAAGAAGCAAGCGCAGUUGCUUUUAUAGAAAGCAAGUUUAAAUCAAUGGUUUGCAGCUGGCAACGUUAUUUCACAAAUAUUGCCCUUGCCAGCUCUUGCUCAUUAAUUUUUUUGCAAACAUCUGUUCUUUCUGUGCCUCCACAAGGCUGGUUUUUGACUGACAUUAUACAGUCCAGGAUGAGAAAGAUCAAUGCUGGAGAAUAGAAUGUUCUGGUGCCCAGUGACAGAACUGAGCUCAAGCACACCAGGUUCAGCAUAGAUUAAAUGCAGAGCAAGAUCCCUCUACGCUGCGCCAUUGAACACUGCCAGGAUAUUUUCCUCACGAAUGUCAGCAGCUCCGUCUUCAGCAGCCAAGGCUCUAAGCUCUGGAAUUCCCUCCCCCAUCCUCUCUUUGUCCUUUCAAGACGCUCCUUAAAAUCUACCUCUUGGACCAAACAUUUGAAAGCCUAUAUUCAUUUCUCCUCCUUUGGCUUGAUGUCAGUUUUUUAUCUGAUUGCGUUCCUUGGAAUUUUACUACAUUAAAGGUGCUAUAUUAA